AUGCCUCUCACUGCUGCAUAUGCAACAUAUGGAUUUGAAAAAGGUUCAAUACGUAUGCAUUUCUACUCUUCAAAAUUAGUACCAGAUAUUGAAUGUAAAGUAGAACCACCUGAUAAUAAAUUAAUUGAUCGAUUUUGUUUACAAAUUCUGCCUAAAAUUCACCAUAAAAUAAAAUGGUUAAAUCUUGAAUCAUCAUCAAUGAAAAGGAUAUUACUUGCCACGCCUUAUCCAUAUCUACAUGGCAUUCGUUUGUAUUCUAUUAAUGGUCAAAUGGCAACAUAUUUGUUUAAUAAUCGUUAUUCUUUAUUUGAGUCGUUAAAAACUCAAAUAACAUCGAUUAUGAUUUCACUCAAUGAUGAACAUCGGUCACUAGAAGAACAUUUAGUAACACGUGUAUUUAUAUAUAUAUUGAAUAUGUUCAAUUUACAUUACUUCAAUUUUCGAACAUCAUUUGUCUAUGAUGAACAAGUAUCACUGAAUGACUUGUUGCACCGACAACAAAUAUUUUCUCAAACAUUAAAUGAAUUGCAUAUUAAUGUUGAAACUUUCAAUGAUUGUAUUUAUUUACUUGAUGGUCGUUUAAAUAAAUUGCACACACUUUAUAUUCAUGUUUCAAAUAUUCAUUCAGAUCGUUUAAUUAAUCACAAAGUAAAUUGUUAA